GCCAAUUCCUUUCUUUCUUUCUCUUUCUUUCUUUCUCUCUUUUUCCUCUUCAACCUUCAUUCAACAACUACAUGCGUCUUUGACUAUACAACUUCUCUAAAUUUUCCCAAGUUCCUUGGAACACCCAACUAUUAUAUUACCCUUCAAUUUGUGUUCUUUAUUUUCCUUGCUAUACUUAUUACAUAUCUCCAAUUCUCUUUGAAACUCUACAUUAAUAAUAAUAUCAAUAUCUUUGAUUUGGCAAAAGUAGUGUUAUUAAGAUGAUGGGUGCUUUAUCUGUGGUGGGUUCAUCAGUGAUGGAAUCACACACAGGUCCAUGUUUGUGUGUGGAUCAUCAUGCACAUGCAACAAGUGUGAGUCUAAAGAGCAAUAAUAAUAAUAUUAUGGAGUUGAGAAGUUCCUUCAUUGAUCCAAUGAGAGAGUGGAGGCUAUGUCUUAGUAGAAGAAGUUGCAAGAAGCAGCAACGAAAUCAUUAUAGGAGAUUCAACAUUCUCAACGAGCUUGGUGGUCAAUAUGAGGAGACUUUUGAUGAUGUUAAAACGCAAAUGCUCAACUAUUUCACGUAUAAGGCUGUGAGAACAGUUCUUCAGCAGUUGUAUGAGAUGAACCCCCCUCAAUAUACCUGGUUCUACAAUUUUGUUGCAUCGAACAAACCAGGAGAUGGAAAACGUUUUAUUCGAAUCCUCGGAAAGGAGCAACAAGAUCUCGCUGAAAGAGUGAUGGUUACUAGGCUUCACCUCUAUGGUAAAUGGGUCAAGAAAUGUAAUCAUGCCGAGAUAUAUCAAGAAAUCUCUGAUGAAAAUCUAGAGUUGAUGAGGGAACGGCUCAUGGAGACAGUAAUAUGGCCCUCAGAUGACUCAAACACAGAAAAGAUUGGCUGAUAACCUUUUUUUAUUAUCUCAGUCCUCAGUUUUCACUUCUGUUUUAACUGUUAAGCUUCUUUAUUAGCCUAGGUAUAACUAUUGUUUUAAUACCAAAUGUGUCCGUUACAUUAUUUUCGCAGAAUAGGAUUAUUGGAGUUAUACGUUCUGUAAAUUGUGUAUAUAUAAAUAUAUAUGCAUUUUAAUAUGCAAACCAUUACUUAGACACUUUGAGGAGGAUUUACGAAUGGCUUAAAAAUAUAUGCAUUUUGUGAA